CCCGGGUAAGCUUUGUCCCCCUUGAAAUCCACUCCGGUCAUUGGCAAAUCGAAGGAACCCAAGUCGCCCUAGAGCACUGCGCUUAGAGCUUCCACGGGUCUGGGAAAUAAUGGCACUCCUCUUUCGCUGCUUCUUCACUUCUUCACUCUCUCUCUUCUCCUGACACCUCUCCCACACUUUCCUUCCUGCCUAUUCUUUCGAAAAUACCCUUCUCCUCUGAUCAUGGUCGAACUCAUCAACCCUCCAGACACACGGACUCUCCUCCCUCCGCUCCUCGCCUGCCUCCCCACAGCCUUUGUCUCGCCCCGCCCACCACCAGCUCUCCUCCCACUGCUCUCUCCUAUUCUCCGCCAACGUAUUCAGAUCCUCACCUCCGUCUCCACCUCCUCCUCAGACUCCUGGCUUCGCCUCCUCUGCUGGGACGACACCAAAGCAGAGCGUGUGCAGAGCAUUGUCGACGAUGCAACCUUCGAGCCACACCCGGUAUCGGGCGAGAUUGAGCUGCCCACCGAGAUCCCGGUGAGCUACAAGCGCAUCGAUGACGAGACGCUUCGUGCUCAGGUUCUCCUUCCCGAGUUUAGAUUGACCGUCAUCUACCUGUGGUGUCCGGACGACGAACAAGGCGGUGGCCGUGGCUGGCGUGUGGCGGAACUACUUCCGCGCGAGGGGCCCGCCGAAGACGAGAGCUCUUGGUCCUCUUCGAUCGGCGAGGCCAAUGAUCGGGCCAAGGAGAAGCUUCUCGCUGAUGCUUUGGAGGACCGGGUCGAGGCGCAGCCUAUGCAAAAUGGCCUACUCGAGGACGAUGAUGACGACGACGACGACUACUGGGCCCAGUAUGAUGCAACGCCAGGUAACAAGACCCCCGCGCCUCGGGCAGGUUCUUCAAACCACCAGCCCUCGGGUCUUUCCGAGGCAAACUACUUCUCACAGUAUGGUAACGUCCAGCCCGCGAUGGACAACCAUGACCCGGAAGAAGAGCAACCCCAGGUUGGCCCGUCCUCGCUGAACGGUGACAUGCUCGCAAGUCUUCUGCGACGUCAAGUCAACGACCUCGAUGACGCUUCUGCCAUCCCUCGUACAAACGGCUACGCAGCCGGCGAAGUGCCCAGUGACGCAGCUGCCCGCUCUCUCAGUCACCCACGCCCGGCGUCCGCCUCGUCCGGUAGCUCCGACGCCGUGGCCAAGCUGGAGCAAGAAGCCGAAAGCCAGAGCACCUAUGAAGUAGGCGUGAAGCAGCACAUCGGCACGAGCAUCAAGAGUCUCUUUCGACUGGCCAAGGCGACUGGAAUGUCGCGGGUCGAGUUUCAAAGCAUGGUGCGAACGGAACUAGAACUGCUGGAUGUGACGGACGAGGAUGAUUGAGUGUGAUUUGGUUUUGCUUGCGUCUUCCUGCGUGAUACCCAUGAGCCCAUGAGAUUUAGCUUGUGAUGAGAUCGGAUGAGGUGGAGAAUGGACUGUAUAGUGAUAUUUGGAACGGACAUUCAGUCAUAGAUUGACGCAUGCUGCAUGAUGCAUUGCAUUUAGGGGGGGUUCGGUGUAUCCCUGUUUUAUUUUUUUCUCUUGGUCCAUUAUUCUUCAUGUAACUUGGGGUUGUCGGUUUCGAGGUAUGUUGUUUGACCUGGGUACUUGAUAAUACGCUACCAUAGUGCAAUUUCAUCUUACAUAUUUACA